CCCCUAUCACCAGCAUCCAGCCCAGGGUAUGGGAGGGGUUCAGCAUGCAGUCGUGUUCGUGCAAGAGCAACUAGAAGGAACCCUAGGACGUAGUUGCAGUAGUAGUUGGCUUCUUUAAGGGGGCCCUGAAAUAACAUGGGCCGUAUGUACUAAGGGCCCCCAGGCCAACAAACAGAAUCAAAGAGACAAGCACAGACGCACCAUGGUGGCUGAGGAGGUUAUCAUCACCCUGUCCGGAGGAGCACCAUGGGGCUUCAGACUACAGGGAGGAAUCGAGCACCAGAAGCCUCUGCAGGUGGCCAAGGUGCGUAAGCGAAGUAAAGCAUGUCGUGCCGGACUGCGUGAAGGAGAUGAGCUGGUAUCCAUCAAUGAAAAUUCCUGUGGGAGUCUGUCACAUGCCCAGGCCAUGAACCUGAUUGACAGCAUGCCAGGAACGCUACACAUCCGGGUUAGGAGGGCACCGGCUGGAUUCCAGUCAGUGGUUCUGGUUGCUCGAUCUCCUUCUCCCCGCAUUGAUAAAGAGUACCGUGCUGGUAUUAGGGCCCUGUCCCUAUCCAGCUCCCGACCUCACAAGUCCAGUGUACGGCACAUCCACCGUGGAUCCCUGAUGUCCCCGACCGGACGCAGUGGAUUGACUUCGCCGCCGGGCAGUGAGGCCUACUAUGGAGAAACAGACAGUGAUGCAGACGUGGCUGCUCAUGAGAGGCAACGCAAACCGAAACGACGUAGUCCCAGCAAUUCACCUGGCAAGGCCGGUCGAGCCUCACCGGAGGGAGCAGAGACUUCAGAAAUGAGUGGGUAUGACAGUGCCUCGGAUGCCCAAGUGUACAAUCUUUUGGGGCCUAAAGAAAGAGAAGAUGCAAUGCCUGGUGUUGCACGCAGAGAAGUGAUUUACCAACCCCCUCCGGAUGGAGCCUGGUCCUCUCAGACCUCCACUGAGACGGAUGACCAGAACCCACGAGAAGGCCUAAUGGAAGAGGACAGUGGGUUCCAGGAGCCCAGAAAUGUUCCCCCACUUGUUUCUCCAGAGAGAGCCAAAGAAGCUCUUAUGCUAAGUUCUCAUACUCAGUUGGUGCCCAUGGUUGGGCCAGUUGACAAUCCAGUGGAUGAGGAACUCAUAUUAACAUACAUGGAUAAAGCAAAACAAGCAAAAUUGAACCGUGGAGAUACGAUCAUUGACAAGCAGGUGAAAGAGGCUCGGUCUAAGUGCCGCACCAUUGCCUCUCUACUGACAGAUGCACCAAACCCUCAUUCAAAGGGUGUUUUGAUGUUUAAAAAGCGUCGUCAACGCUCCAAGAAAUACACACUGACCAGCUUUGGAAGCGUUGACGAGGACAUGAGGCAGGACUCUCAAGAGGAGGAUAGCAUAUUUCCUGGCAGUGAAUCAGAAUUUGAUGAGGAAGGUUUCUCUUCUGCACCAGACCCCACAUGGGACAGUGACUACCUUGAGAUGCUGGAGAAAAGAUCUGCUUCCAGAGGUCAGGAAGGAGAGGGUGGUGCUCUUAGUCCUGGUCUGAGUGAUACAUCUGGGAAGGGGGCACAGUUGUUUGAGCAGCAGAGGAGAAGGGCUGAGGAACAUGCAAAGAAAAUGGAAGCUGCGCAAGAACACUUACAAAGCCAAAUGCUGGGCAUUGCACUGAAAGAGAAGCAAGCACUUCCCCAACUACAGACACUUCAACCACAACCAGACCCAUUGGCAAAGCCUAAUGUCCAGCCACCACAAGUUGCUCCAAAACCUGCCAGACCUUCAAAAACAAUACAUCAUGAGGUUCCACUAGCAGAGACACAAAAAAUAACACAGAUGAGCACAUCUCUCACUGUCCCUGUCAUGGUUAAUGGAGAUACUUCAAACAUAAUGGCACCAGUCCCCGCUGUGUUGCCCACAGAAACUGGGAUACCUCCACAACCAGCUCUUCUAGCAGAACUUCCUACCAGCUCUGUGUUAAACAGAACUGCCCGACCUUUUGCCCCAGGCUGUGUUACCAGUAGGGCAGCCACCGCUCCUGUUGUGUUUUGCCCUACAGUCAGUAAGAAUACACCCAGACCUGUUUCAGUGGCUGUGAUUGCACCUUCAUUCUCUGCAGCAUCAGAAGAGCAUGCCAUGGGUGUCAACCCUGCCUCCUUUGUUAGCCAAUUCACAAUGAGUCAAAUGAGUGCUGAUGUCCCUACUGAAAAGUUACCCACACAGGCCUUUAUACUUGGAAAGUCUGUUCCUCCACCUGCUUCUGUAUCCCUGGAAUCAUAUUCUCAACCUGCUCUUUACUGCUCCUCAGUGGAAAACAUCCAGGUUGCAUCAGUGCCACCUCCCAUAGUUCAAACCCAAGAACCUACAUUUUCUGUAGAAGCUGAAACAACUGCUCUUCCAGCAUUCUCUGUUGACAACACAAUGACCGCUGUGGCUCCUGUUAUGGCUCCUGUUACUUCUCGGGCCAUAGUAAUACCAGCCCAACCCUUUUCUACUUUGACCUCUGCAGCUUCUGACACCCCCUCAGCAGUAACUCUGCUGUCACCUGUAGACUAUCGUGAAAAAUCCUCUGCCACCCAUAGCCGCACUGGUAUUCUUCAAGAGGCCCGCCGCCGUAGUACCCACAAGCCAAUGUUUAAGAUACCUGACAGCAAGAAAAACUCACCAAACCCUGAAUUAUUGUCUAUGGUGCAGAAUUUCGACGAAAGACCCAGGCAUGGAUAUUCUGAACCAGAAAAUAUUACUCACAACAUUGAUGACAACAGGACAAGGGUGCCACCACCUGUGGCUCCUAAGCCAAGGAUCAUCCCAGAAAUGUCACAGAUCCCUCAGGCAGAGGGAAAAGGUGCAGAGUUGUUUGCUCGUAGACAGUCUCGCAUGGAUUCGUUGGUUGUAAACUCUCCAUAUCUGCAGCCUGCACCUCUACAACCCCAACAAUCCCAAUCUGUCAUAGACCUGAUUGAACCACAAAAAACCUUGCCAAACCCAUCCCAAUGGAAGUAUUCCCCAAAUGUCCGUGCUCCUCCACCGAUAGGUUACAACCCCUUGCUGUCUCCAUCCUGUCCUAUUGGGGUGCAGCGUGGGGGUGUCAAGGUGUCUGAGCGAAGUUCCACAGGAAGUAAGAGUUGUUAUGGUGUCCCAAAAGAAGGUAUCAAAGCCUUAGACUUUAUGAGAAGGCAGCCUUACCAACUGAAUCCUGCAAUGUUCAGUUUUGGUGGUGGCACAAGCACACAGUCUUCAGCCUCCUCCUAUCAGAGGCAACAAAGGGAGGGCCACACUCUGACGCCACCCAAGCAGAUCCCAGUAAAGGCGGCACGUGUUUAUGAAAUCAAACGAUUCUCCACUCCCACCCCGAUGUCUGCACCAAGUCUCAACCCCAUAGUGAUUGUACCACGCUCACAGACCACACUUGGUGAGCACAUCUCUCAUUCUGACAUGACGUCCCCUCUACCUGAACCUGUACCUGAAUCAACUCCAGCUCCUUCACGAGCCCCAGGCCUCCCAGAGCUCCCUAAAAUUUCAGCUGUGCCCAUCCCUCACCCCAUGCCGUACUCAUCCCCAGCUCCCAUGUCAAGUAUGUCAAACCUAAGUUUCUCUGGGCUUCAAGCUGCCAAACAGUUUAAGAGUGCCCCUGAAUUAAGUUCCCUAAAACCACACCCCUUAAAGUCCCCUAUCCAAGUUCCCAAACCUCGCUUUAUUGCAACACGUGGGGGUAUUCAGCCCCGCGUCUGGAGGCCUGGAACACUUCCUCACUGAUAACGUUACUGUACAUGUGGAAGAAGCUGAACCAUCUGUCUCAAAAUUCACAUAUUUCAAAUAUGACUUAAUAUAACUUGAAGAUACAAAGAUAUUAUAUUGUCCAUUUCAGAUUAAAUAUAAUGUGGAGUAUCCCUGAUAGCACAUGUACAUCACUGAGAUGUCCAUUUGACGUCUGCAUUUAUAUCUGCAAGAUGUAUUUUUUUUUUAGAGUGUUUGCUCAUCUUCAAUACAUCUUGGACGUUUCCUAUCAGAUGUCAAAUAGACAUUUAGAAAAUUUCUUUAAGAUGUUUAUGAUUUCGAAUGUAUGUAAAACUGACAUCUUAAAGCCGUCUAUCAGAUGUCUGUACACAGCUUUCCAGAUGAAGUGAUCUUUAACAGCCAUCUU